CACCCCCUGUGCACUUUCUGCUCCGUCUCUUCAUGGGCAGACCCCCCCCUCCUCCUUUGGGUGUCCCUUGGUCCCCGCACACACACAUCUGCCUAUUGUUUCUGUGCCGUCAGUAUGGGCUGCGUAUAGAAGCGGAGGGGCUUCGCCAACAGUAAGAUUUACCGGAUCGCAAUCGUUAUGUUGGAUCUGGCCCAAUCCCUGCUUGUCUGCCUCUGCCUAUCUUUGUCCGUUUCCUCUUUUCCCAACUUCCUCCGACCCAAUGUCACGUUCAACCAUAUGGCUUAUGACCCUGGCUCGGGCUUCAUUUAUGUUGGGGCCGUCAACUGGAUCUUCCAGCUUUCACCCAAUCUUCAGCUUCUGGCAGAGGAUUCAACUGGGCCGGUGUUGGACAGUCCGGAGUGCCUUCCAUUCAAAGAACUUAAAGAUUGUCCCCAGGCCAUUUACACUCAGAACUCCAACAAGCUCUUGACAGUCAACACUCAUGGAGGAGAGUUAUUGACCUGUGGACAUGUGUUUCAAGGAAUUUGUGAGAAAAGGAGCUUGGCUAAUAUUUCAAAUAUCAUUUACCGCACAGAGGACCCUGGUGACAAUCAGUUUGUGGCAGCCAAUGAUCCCAAAGUGACCACUGUAGGAAUAGUUGAGACAACUCUACAGGGGGAUUACCUUUUUGUAGGACGGGGCUUGACUGCUAGACUAUCGAGUGGAAUCCCACCCAUUACAAUACGGCAACUGGAGAAGCCAUCUGUUUUCUCUAACGAAGGUUUGGGCAAACUUGUGGUGGGUGACUUUUCGGAUUACAACAAUGCAUUUGUUGGAGUCUUCUCCAAUGAAGGCCAUGUUUACUUCCUGUUUUACCGUCGUGGAUCAUCAUCACUUAGGGACUACAAGACGUACCUUGGCAGUGUCUGCAGUACAGACAUUCACCUCUACUCCUAUGUGGAAGUUCCUCUUGAAUGUGAUGGCUAUAACCUGGCACAAGCGGCCCACCUGGAGACUAAAACCAGAGAGCUUUUUGUGGUGUUUGCUGCCAGCAAAGGUUCCAUACCAUCUCCCAGCAGCCAAACAGCACUCUGUUCCUUUAAGAUGAAAGACAUUGAAGCCCGAAUUGAAAGGGCGCGAGUCUUGUGUUACACCGAGUCUGGCAAGGGGGAAAAUGGUCAAGAGGAGGCUGGGAUUGAGUAUGGAGUCAACUCCAAGUGCGCUUCACUCCCUAAGGAAUCCCCUCAGAACUUUCCAUGUGGAGGAGAUCACACACCCAGCCCAAUUGUCAGCCUCUUCCCCAUCAUCGCUUCACCUCUGCUCACGAAUGACUCCAGUUUUACUGCUGUUACCGCAUUGGCGGAAGAGUCACGCACGGUUGUUUUUCUUGGAGAUGCUGGCGGAUCUAUACAUAAGGUGUUUGUUUCUUCCGGUACUGGACAAGUCUACAGCUCAUUGAUGGUGGCGCCAGGAUCUCCUGUAAGCCCUGACCUAGUUUUGGACACCUCUGGGAGGCUCCUGUAUGUUAUGACUGAGUCAAAGGUCAGCAGGCUUCCAGUUGCUGAGUGUUCCAGCUUUUCUUCAUGCGAUUCGUGUCUGGGGGCCGGGGACCCCUUCUGCGGCUGGUGCGUCCUGCAGGGAAGGUGCACAGAGAAGCAGCAAUGUGCCGACAGCAACGAGGCGAACCACUGGCUAUGGAGCUUUGACCAUCAGACUCAAUGUGUGUCCAUCCAAGGUCUCUUACCAGCUAACCAGAGCAGACAUGAGCAGACACAGGUCUCCAUGACUGUGCUGAACUUUCCAGCUGGUGCGGAACAAGACAACUGGAAGUGUCUUUUUAACGACUGGUCCAGUCCUGCACAGGUCUACGGGAACAAAGUCAGCUGCCCCUCUCCUCCACCAGAAGAACUGCCUCCAAACCAACACGACGAAGAUCACGUGACUGUCCGUUUGGCGCUGGUCUUCCAGGAAGUCACCGUCGCAGCGACCGACUUUGUCUUCUAUGACUGUGCGGCUGUUAUGCACCUGGCAGUAACUAAUCCGUGUAGCGCGUGUGUGAGCAGUCCCUGGCGGUGUUACUGGUGUCUGGCUGAUCAGCUUUGCUCUCAUACUCCGCAGUGCAGCCAAGAGGAGACCAUCAUCUACAGCCAGAAUGAGGAUCAGAAGGAGCUGUGGGGUCCGGGAUCUUGCCCGCGAGUGGAGAAAGUUGAAGGCUCUCCCUUGAUUCAUGUUGGCUUGGAAGCAGAACUGGAUCUGAUAGGAUACAACCUACAGCUCCUGAAUGGAGAGGCCCUCGAAUUCAGCUGCAUUAUCGAGGUGGAAGGGACGCCCAUCACCCUGAGAGCGCAGAUUGAGAGGAUGACUGUGGGGAAGGACCUGUAUAAAGUGCACUGUCAGACCCAUAAGUAUGAGUAUCCUCUACAAGUGAUGGAGCAUCAGGUUCCUGUGUACGUGAAGAAAGGGGACAUGUACCGCGUGGACAAUAAUGGUGACGUUACAGUGACUCUCUAUAACUGCUCCGUGGGCCAGACAGACUGCAGCCGCUGCCAGUCCUUACCGCCCGAAUACCAGUGCUUGUGGUGCGGAGCGGAAGAGAAGGCGUCGUGCGUGCACAAGGGUCAGUGUGAACAGAGCACCGUCCAUGUCUGUCCUACGCCGCUCAUCCACACGUUUUCACCAAAGACUGGUGUUUUAGAAGGAGGAACCACCAUUACUAUUGAUGGGGAAAAUAUGGGCCAGAAAGCAGAUGAAGUGUCGGUGACUGUCUGUGACAAGCCUUGCGCUCUUCUGCCAGAUUUCUACGUCGUGUCCAACCGGGUUGUCUGCACACUGUCCGCUAGUCCAGAGGAGGUGUCUGGCGCUGUCAAAGUUUCAGUAAAUGGUCGUGAUCCUGGUAUCUCCAGCGAGGUUUUCUUUUAUCAGGACCCUAUUCUUCAUAUUUUGGAUCCACUAAGAGGUCCCAUGGCUGGUGGGACAGUGAUCACCAUUUCUGGUUCCAAGCUAUUGACUGGUGACCAGAUAACUGUGACUGUGGGGGAUUUGCCUUGUGAAGUGUUUGGGGACUUAAUAGACGACGAGUUAUAUUGUAUCACAAGCCCCAGUUCUGUGCAGCAGGAGAUGCAGGUCCGGGUGUUCUAUGGUCAAGCAGUAAGACGUCUGGAGGACGCACUGUACAACUACACAGAAAACCCAACCAUUUCUUCCGCCUACCCUUCCAGUGCUUUCUAUGGGGGAGGACGGAGAGUUGUGGUAACUGGUCUGAACCUGGACGUUGUUCAGACUCCACGUAUGUCUGCCCUGAUCAGGUCACCAGUAGAAGACCCUCAGCCCGGAGACGAGAACAGGAGAAGGAAAAGGAGACGAAGGAGGGAAUUUAUACCUGGUCCUGUCCAGGAGAUUAGCGAAAAUUGUCUCCAAAACUCCUCCGCAGUCAUGGAGUGCAUUUCACCCUCUGUCCCCGACAACUCCAUCCUUGUGGAUAUAUUCUUUGUUCUAGACAAUAUUCGGAUCCCAUUCAGCAGCCUCGGGGAGAACUUCACUUACCAGAAGAACCCAACCCUGAAGCCUCUGAACCGUGACAACCCGAGUAAACCAUACAGCCUGAAGCCGGGGAAUGUGCUGGACAUAGAGGGCGAAGGUCUGGAUUCUGGCAUCAGCAAACAAGAAGUUCGGGCAAUGAUUGGAAAUGGUGUAUGUACGGUGAAAACGCUCACCCACAACCACUUGUACUGUGAGCCGCCACAUGCGUCACCGCAGCCGCUCGAUGCCGGGGCUGCUUCUCUGCCGGAGUUUGUGGUGCACAUGGGGAAUCUGCGUUUCGACCUCGGACAAGUGAAAUAUGAUGCGGAGGGGCAGUCCAGCUUCCCUAAAGAAGCCAAGAUUGGGAUAGGAGUAGGGGCUGCUCUGCUCAUACCGAUUGUGCUGAUCAUCAUCUUCAUGUACAGGAGACAGAGUAAGAAGGCAAAGAGGGAUUAUGAGAAGGUCCUCGUACAACUGGAGAACCUGGAGACCAGUGUGGGCGACCAGUGCAGAAGGGAGUUUACUGAUCUAAUGACGGAAAUGAUGGAUCUCACCAGUGACAUAGAAGGCUCGGGCAUUCCAUUCCUGGACUACACGACGUACACCGAGAAGAUAUUCUUCCCCGGAGACACCAUCUCGCCACUCAGGAGGAGCCUGGAUGUUCCCGAGAGCAGACGAAACACUGUGGAGCAAGGCCUUACACAGCUCUCCAACCUGCUCAAUAAUAAGCUUUUCCUUACCAAGCUGAUCGAAACACUGGACACCCAAGUGACAUUAUCGCAGCGUGAUCGCUGUCACGCCGCCUCCCUGCUCACUGUAGCUCUGCACGGUAAACUGGAGUAUCUGACCGAUGUCAUGAAGACCCUACUAUGUAACCUAAUAGAGCAGUGCGUGGCCAAGAACCCCAAACUUGUACUCCGCAGGACUGAAACAAUAGUGGAGAAGCUGCUGACCAACUGGAUGUCCAUCUGUCUGCACUCUUUCCUUCGGGAGGCCGCAGCAGAGCCUUUGUACAGGUUGUACCGGGCUAUUAUGUAUCAGGUGGAUAAAGGCCCGGUGGACGCAGUGACCGGUAAAGCUAAGCGCACUCUGAACGAUGGACGGCUCCUGAGGGAGGACAUUGAGUGUCGGGCGAUGACGUUGACCGUUAUAGUGAAGAAUGGGGCAGAAGUGCAGCAGGUUCCAGUCAAGGUGCUGGACACGGACACCAUCACACAGGUUAAAAGGAAGAUACUGAACCAUGUCUACAAAGGAACGCCGUUCUCUCAGCGAUCUCCUGUCCACACGCUUGACCUAGAGUGGCGCUCUGGUCAAGCUGGCCAUUUGACUCUUUCGGAUGAGGACUUGACGUCCUUAGUUCAGGGUGAAUGGAAGAAGCUGAAUACACUGAACCAUUAUAAGGUCCCAGAUGCCGCCACUGUCGCUUUAAUACCCCGGCUACAUAAUAAUCAAUGUGAGACGCCAAGCAACAAUUACAUGGGUGGUGAGAAAACUCCAAUGCUGGAAGAUGGUGAAGAAGGUGGUAUCAGAAUCUGGCACCUGGUAAAGUCUGUUGAGGAGCCGGAGGUGUGUAAGCAGCGGCGGAGCAGCUUGCGGGAGAGAGAGCGCGCCAAAGCCAUUCCAGAAAUCUACCUAACGCGCCUGCUAUACAUGAAGGGAACACUGCAGAAGUUUGUCGAUGACACCUUCCAGGCCAUGUUGGGGGUAAAUCGGCCUGUCCCCAUAGCCAUCAAAUACUUCUUUGAUUUCCUGGAUGAAAUGGCUGAGAAACAUGGAAUUGUAGAUAAGGAGACAGUUCAUAUCUGGAAGACACACAGCCUGAUGCAGAGGUUCUGGGUGCUCAUACUGAAGAACCCUCAGAUGGUCUUUGAUAUCGAGGUGUCGGAGAAUGUAGACUCCAUCCUUUCAGUCAUUGCUCAGACCUUCAUCGACUCAUGUACCGUCUCGGAGCAUAAAGUGGGCAGAGACUCGCCUGUCAAUAAAUUACUCUAUGCUCGUGAAAUCCCACGAUACAAGCAGCUGGUGGAGAAGUACUAUGCCGACAUCACAGAUACCACCCCUGCUAGCUACCAGGAAAUGAACUCUUAUCUCACAGAGCUGUCAGGGAUUCACUCCGAUGACCUGAACACUCUGGUUGCCUUACAAGAACUAUAUAAUUAUAUCAACAAGUACUACGAUCCGAUCAGCCAGGCUCUGGAGGAGGAUCCCAGCGGGCAGAAGAUGCAGCUGGCAUAUCGCCUCCAACAGAUCUCUGCUCUGGUGGAAAACAAAGUGACGGAUCUAUAAUUGAUGCAGUAUCCCCGGACUUUCUGCUGCUUCCCAUAGCAAUGCCCUAUAGGACCAUACCCUGGAGAAGCAGAUGAUGGUCUCAGACUAGGAUUUUAGUGCAUGUUCCCAUCUGAUCAAAAGGCGUGAGAUCUGGGAACUCUUAACGGACAAGAACAAAAUGAAAUUUACCAUUUUUGCACUAUUUUCCCCCAAUACAGAAGAAAUGGCAAGUUCUGCCGUAUGAAUUUGAACUACUUUACCCAGAAUCCUUUGCUCUUUUCAUCACCAGCCCUGCGGUGCACUGCCUACCUCAGUGGAACUGUAUAAGUGCCUUACUUCUGGUUUUUCCUGUGGUCUUUUGGGGUCCACCCGUGACUUGUCCGUAGGAGCAUGACAGUACGCAGCCCCAGCCUUGUAUAAUAGGGAAUUAAUACAUAGUACACAGUGUGGAUGUAUAUCAUAACUGUACGUGGUAUCGUCCAUAGCAAUCAGUGGUGUUUCUGAUUGUUUGCUGUGGACCACAAUGCUCGUUCAUGUCCCUCAAUAUACUGUAUGUAUGUGCUUUUUCAGUCUUUUGUGCUUGAGCUUGUUACCGGACCGGCCCUGGGGGACAGAACCACUGAAUACAGGACACUGUUUGCUUUGGUAAAUUGUGGCCAUAUUGUGUCAUUAGGAUGCCAGAGUGUUGCCUAGGAGAGAGGUCUUCAGUGACUGUUUUGUCUGGUGGUGGUGCCCCACAGGACAGUCUUCAUCACCGCACUGCGUCUGUCUCCAGAGAGCGUCAUUUCGCUUUUGUGUGUUUCUAACUUAUGCAAAGCCUGUACAUAGGUAUAACUAUAUUUAUUGUUCUUUUUAUGCAAAUUGUUUCGCAAAUAAAAUGAUUUUUUAGAAA